AUGGCUUUGCUAUAUUUACUUUCUUUUAUGCUGGUAGCGUCUCUGUGUGAGAUGCCUGAGGCGCAAUGUCUACCCCGUAGACCAUUGACAUCAUGCAACUACGACGAAUUAAACGUUCUACUAACGUUAGCACGUGCUCUUGAAGAAAACGAAAAUUCGAAAUCAGUAUGCAAAAAUGGCGUAGAUGUUGAAGAAAUAAUUAUGAAAUUAAUCAAUGCUCUAGUAUACACUACAGUUAGCAGUGCUUACAACGGAGGUGGUGGUAAAAAAUAUGGAAAGGGCGGUAAAGGUAGCAGCAGCAACAACAAUAAAAAUGAAGGGCUCAUUGACUUGGACUUACUUGACCAGAAUGAUCCAAACAACAUACUAAAACUAGACCUUGCAAAUAAAACUCUUCUAGGUAUUGGUUUAGGGGAUAGUAAAAAUAAUGAUAAAAGCGGAAAGGGUGGUAAAGGUAGCAGCGGCAACAAAAAUAAAAAUGAAGGACUCAUUGACUUGGACUUACUUAACCUGAAUGAUCCCGACAACAUACUAAAACUAGACCUUGCUAAUCAAACUCUUCUAGGUAUUGGUUUAGGGGAUGGUAAAAAUAAUUAUAAAAGCGGAAAGGACGGUAAAGGUAGCAGUGGCAACAAAAAUAAAAAUGAAGGACUCAUUGACUUGGACUUACUUAACCUGAAUGAUCCCGACAACAUACUAAAACUAGACCUUGCUAAACAAACUCUUCUAGGUAUUGGUUUAGGUGACACAAAUUAA